AUGGCAAAUCCUGGCUCUGUCCAUUGGGAGGCUUUGAAGUGGCUUCUGAGAUAUCUUAAGCACACUGCCAAGUAUGGGAUGUGUUAUUCUAAAUGUGAUGGUGGUGUUUUACUAACUGGUUUUGUGGAUUCCAACUAUGCUAAUGACAGAGAUAAGAGUAAGUCUACUACCUCCUAUGUGUUCACUAUGUGCAGGUCAUGUGUUAGCUGGAAGUCACAGCUGCAGCAUAUAGUGACCUUGUCUACUACUGAGUCAGAAUAUAUUGCUAUCACUGAGGCAAUGAAAGAGGUUGUAUGGUUAAAGGGAGUUCUCUCUAAACUUAAGUUUGUGAAUGAUUCUCCUAUUGUGUUUUCUGAUUCUCAAUCUGCCAUUUAG